CAGAGGCGGAGCUUCUGAAGUCUAGGGGAAGCGGGAAACCGAAGGGGAGGAGUCUGCAGGGUCAGGGGAGGAGCUUCGGACCCCAGAGCCCCAGAGCCUGGCUUGAAACGGGGUGAGGGUUAGUGUCGGGUGAGACUUGUAGAUUGCCCUCGUGGACUUAGUGUCCUGAAUGAGAAGCAUUCCGCACGGCUCCGCGGCAGGUAGAGGUGUAGCUGGUCGACCCCUCUCUGCCCCGCGUGCCAAGUAAACAGCGGCACGUGGACGUGGGAUUUGGGGGACCUGUCCACGUCCCACCCCAGCAGGACUGCAGCGCGUGGGGUGGCGGGUGGAGCCGCGGGACGGUGGCGAGACAGGGUGACUGGACUGCAUUCCUGGCCGGUGUGUCAGCGUCGCGGCCCACCCCCUCUGCGGAGAUUUUGGAGACUCCUCCAGAAUUGGGGUGCCUUCUUCUGAGGCUUUUGAGAACAGAGGGAGCCAAGCCUACGAAGGGGUGUUCCCUCCGCCAGGAAUCUUCAGACUAUGUGUCCCCCUCGCGCGUGGGCGAGAAACUCUGCGGCUCGCCCUUUGUGGGCUUCAAGACUCCAAUUCCCAGAUGACUCGAAGGUGGCUGGCGAUGGACGUCGGUCAGGAGUGUUGCUGGGGAUUGUAGUCCAGCUUAUUGCUAGGCACGCCAGUGAAUCGCCAAUGCUGUGAUGUUUUGUUUUUGAGACAAGGUCUCUUUAUGUAGUCCAGCUAGCUUGGAACUCGUUAUAUAGACCAGGAUGGCCUUGAACUGCGCCUGUCUCUGCCUUCUAAGUGCUAGGAUUAGAAGUCCAUUAUUUUUGUUUUUUGUUUUAUUUAGACAGAUAACCCGGGUAUUGGAGUCCUGAUUAAAGUGGGUCCUUUUCUCGCCAUAGUAUUGGGUCGUGUGAACUUCUCCGCGUCUCCCAUCUCCUUGUUAAACAGUGUCCAAAUCUUCACUCAGGCAAGGGGAAACUGAGCCUGGAGGAGUGGGAAAAGGCUUAGCAGUUCUUCCCUUGUAUCCAUAGUGAGGUGAGAGGCUAAACUCUCGUGCAUUUCGCCGUCCAGGACGCCCACGAUCUUCUGGACCUCGUUCUGGCUGACUGUCAAAUGGAUCGCGCCUGACUCCAAAUGGAAAUGUCCCUGGCAGCGCUCCGCCCACUCGGGACUACAAAUCCCAAGGUGCUCUAGGCAACCGCAGCUCCCCCCCUCCUCUGUGGGACACGCCUCCCUCCAGUCAGAGUCACGUCGUCUAACCUGUUCCCGGGAGACUGCCCCGCCCCGUCCUCCGCUCCCGGCCGCUGGAGCUGGAGCCGGAGCCCGAGGAAAAGCCCCCCGGUGCCAGGAUCUGCCCCGACGCGUGAGUUCCACCCCCACCCAGGGUCCCGCCACCCCAGAACCCGACACCGCGUCCCUGGGAGGACUUGAUGGAAACUAGGACCAUAGGUCCAGGGGAAUAGUGUGGGGAGCUCACGGCUGGAUCACUGGAAAGAAGGAACUGGGGUGCUGACUUUACUGGGCAGCUGGAUGGGGACUUGGGACACCUGCGAUCUUAGUGGUGCUCGGAGCCCUUGGUCGUGAGUAGUUAUUGGAGCUGGAAUUUUUUAAAACUUUAAUUGGAGACUCUUGGAAGUGUCUUAGAGUGCUGUUGGGGUCUCCGGUCUCUGAAUUUUGGGUAGAUGUGGGAGAUCAGGACGUUCUAGAAUGGUCGGGCACCCGGUUACCUUCUAGCUGCCUUCAGCACUGAAUCACUAGAUCUUUGAGUAAAAUUAGUGGCACUGGAAUCGUGGAUCCUGGUUUUUUAAGAGUAGGGCAAGCACGAGGGGCGUGGGUUUCUCAGGAGGCCGUGUUCCAGUGCUACACCCCACUUUCUGGUUUUGGGAUGGGGGCAGGGAGUGAGAAACCGGGGCAGCUCUCCAACCUCUUCUGUGCUGCUGAGCGAACCCCAGCAUGUCAUUAACUGGGGCGUCAGACCUGCCUAACCAGAGGAGGCACAUCCGCCCAAGAGCGCCCCCAAGCGGAAACGGGAGUCAGACUUCUUAUUGCCCCACGGGGUGGGAAAUAGGUGGGGUUUGCUGAGGUCAUUCUAGAACACAGGGCAGAAUAACAGGACCACGGGGCUGGAUCUGGGAGGCUUCCGUGGCCAUGUACUGCUGCGUUGCAGAGAAUGGAAGUGGUAAACUGAGGCUGGUGGGCCAUACAGGCAGUUGAAUUUGACAUCUCCUUCACUCUUGUGACAGCUGUCUGUGGAAGGAAUUCCUUCACUCCCACCAGACUUUCUAAGUAACCUUCUUUCUCCCUGGGUGGGGUUCCUUGUGACCCAGAGGUGAGACAUGUCGCCUCCACUUCCAUCUGUCUGACCUGAGGUAUUGUGGGAGAUAAGGAGGGAGGGAGGCUAAUUCUGGAGGUGUCUGUCUGUCCUUGAGCCAGAGAGAGGGCAGGGGCGGGAAGGCACCUCCCUCCAUCGCUGUGCCCUUAUGUAGGGGGAUUACGAAGCUAGUGGGGGGACAAGGAUCUGAAGAGGGAGGGUGUUUGCUAAUGCCUGGGUUGGAAUGACAGCCCGAAAUGAAGCUGAGGAAGAAUAGGCAGAGCUGCCAACACAGCUGUGUCCGUCCUGCCAGGCUCAGGUCGGGAUGAUCUCUCCGUCCGCACAGAGGCACCCUGCUCCGGCUGGCACCAUGGACAGCGAGGCAUUCCAACAGGCGAGGGACCUUCUGGAUCUGAACUUCCAGUCGCUGGCCAUGAAGCACAUGGAUCUGAAACAGAUGGAGCUGGACACCGCUGCUGCCAAAGUGGACGAAUUAACCAAGCAGUUGGAGUCGUUGUGGUCAGACUCACCAGCUCCUCCUGGCACACAGGCUGGAGUUCCCUCUAGGAUGUCCCGGUACAGCACUAGCCCUGUCCCGGAGCAUUUUGGCAGCAGAGGGUCCCUACAGAAGAUAGCCGCCGAUGGCGUAGAGGCUCGUUUUGGACGCUCAGAGAGUGCCCCGUCCCUGCACCCUUACAGCCCUCUGUCUCCCAAGGGCCGUCCGUCCUCGCCGCGCACCUCCAUCUACCUGCAGCCUACAACACCUGACCCCUACAGCAGCCUGGAUCGGGCGCCAUCGCCCAGACCCCGCGCCUUCGAGGGAACAGGCAGUCCCCAUGGUCGGGCGCCGUCCCCGCGGCCGGGGACUGGCCCAGUGCGGCAGCCGGGUCCCCCGACCCCUUUUGACUACCUAGGCCGCGCAGGGUCCCCCCGGGGCAGCCCACUAGCAGAGGGGCCCCAGGCCUUCUUCCCGGAGCGAGGACCUUCCCCACGCCCGCCCGCUGCAGCCUAUGACACAUCGGCCACGUUCGGGAGCCCUCUGCUGGGCGCGGGUGGCAGUGCCUUCGCCCCGCCACUUCGCGCACAAGAUGACUCGACGCUGCGCCGGAGGCCCCCGAAAGCCUGGAACGAGUCUGACCUGGAUGUAGCCUACGAGAAAAAGUCUUCACAGACAGCAAGCUAUGAACGGCUGGAUGUCUUCACGCGGCCUGCCUCGCCAGGCCUGCAGCUCUUACCCUGGAGAGAGAGCAGCCUGGAUGGGCUGGGGGCCAGUGGCAAGGACAACAUCACCAGCGCCACAUUGCCACGCAACUACAAGGUGUCCCCUCUGGCCAGUGACAGGCGUUCUGAUGUUGGCAGCUACCGCCGCUCCAUGGGCUCUGCAGGGCCCUCAGGCACUUUGCCCCGUAGCUGGCAGCCCGUCAGCCGCAUUCCCAUGCCUCCCUCCAGCCCUCAGCCUCGCAGUACCCCGCGCCAGCGCCCCAUCCCCCUCAGUAUGAUCUUUAAACUCCAGAAUGCUUUCUGGGAACAUGGAGCCAGCAGGGCUGUGCUCCCGGGAUCCCCCAUCUUCUCCCGAGCACCCCCACCUAAGCUGCCUCCCCAGCCACCCCCUCAGCCCCAGCUGCCACCCCAACCCCAACCUCAGAUGCCCCCCCAGUCCCAGCCUCAGCCUCAGACUCCAGUACCUCAGCAGACUUGGUCCCCCAUGAAUGAAGGCCUCCUCAAAUCCCCUGCCGAGCUGGAGCCAGAGCCCGAGCUGGAGGGACUACUGGCUCCCGUGCUGGAGUCCGGGGAUGCAGAUGAAGGCACCGUCACGCGGCCCCUCAGCCCUACCAGGCUGCAGCCAGCGCUGCCACCCGAAGCACAGACCGUACCUGAGCUGGAAGAGGUGGCCCGAGUGCUGGCAGAGAUUCCUCGACCCCUCAAACGCAGAGGCUCCAUGGAGCAGAGCCCUGCUGCCGCCCUGCCUCCCACCCACAAGAAACAGUACCAACAGAUCAUCAAUAGACUCUUCCAUCGUCAUGGUGGCCCAGGGCCUGGAGGGCCUGAGCCCGAGCUGUCUACAAUUACAGAGGGAUCUGAGGCCAGGGCAGGGCCCCCUGCUCCCGCCCCUCCAGCUCCUAUCCCACCCCCAGCCCCAGCCCAGAGCAACCCUCCAGAGCAGCCUCAGAGCAUGGAGAUGCGCUCAGUACUACGCAAAGUAGGGUCCCCACGCAAGGCUCGGCGCGCUCGCCUCAACCCACUGGUGCUGCUGUUGGAUGCAGCGCUGACUGGAGAGCUGGACGUGGUACAGCAGGCGGUGAAGGAGAUGAAUGACCCAAGCCAGCCCAACGAGGAGGGCAUCACUGCCCUGCACAAUGCCAUCUGCGGUGCCAACUACCCCAUCGUGGACUUCCUCAUCGCCGCGGGCGCCAAUGUCAACUCCCCUGACAGCCACGGCUGGACGCCACUGCAUUGUGCCGCUUCCUGCAACGACACUGCCAUCUGCACGGCACUGGUGCAGCACGGUGCGGCCAUCUUCGCCACUACACUCAGUGAUGGCGCCACCGCCAUUGAAAAGUGUGACCCUUAUCGUGAGGGAUACGCAGACUGUGCUACCUAUCUGGCAGACGUCGAACAAAGCAUGGGACUGAUGCACAAUGGCGUUGUGUAUGCGCUCUGGGACUACAGCGCAGAGUUUGGGGAUGAGCUGUCCUUCCGGGAGGGCGAGUCAGUCACUGUGCUGCGGAGAGACGGGCCAGAGGAGACCGACUGGUGGUGGGCUGCACUGCACGGCCAGGAAGGCUAUGUGCCGCGCAACUACUUCGGGGUGAGCCCAGAGACUAACCAGUCGGAGUACCCUAUUAAUGGUUUGGGCCAAGUUGAUCUGUUAUUAUAGCACUUUGGAGACUGAGACAGGAGGAUUGCCAAGAGUUCAAGGCAUGACAGCCACUUACAGGUUCCCGGACAUCUUCCUGCUCCUUCUCUGGCUCGAGCUCAUUCAGAUGUUUUGAUUGGUCAUGGGUGUGGCUGGUAGUUAGAUGGUAGCCCUCCUUCUUAGGGGUGGGAUAAGCGGUGCUGGGUUGCUGGUGUCUGAUAGUUCUCUUUCCUCAGCUCUUCCCUAGAGUGAAGUCUCAGCGGAGCAAAAUCUAGUAGGAAUGAAGGAUGAUCGUAAAGGAGAAAAGUGCACCGCCAGCCUGCCUUCCACCCAGACCUGCCCGAUCCAUCUAACUAAUCUGCCGCUAUUCUUCAGAGGUUCUGCCUGCACCGGAAAUUCUCUGCUCAAGGGCGGCUCAAGGGAGGGCAGCCCCAGACUGAAGAUUAUGAAGCUGCCUUAAGCAUUGGGGUGAGGUUGGGCUGGGGACAUUUGGGGGCAGGAACUCCCACCCCACCCCCAACACACACACUUGCCAAAUCAGAUCUGGUUCUAAGUGCCUCCUACUGGCAGCAAGCCACUGCACUAUCCCAGCUGAGCCUGGGAGGCUACCCACCCCUUCAUUUCUCUCUGAGUCCUUUCUUCCUCUCACCUGGAAGUCCCCGUUCUUCCCAGCAGCCUCCAUUUCUCCCAGAAGCCUUGGGGCCUGUGUGAGGCCCCCAUCUCCCCAACCAAGUGCCUUCACACCAUGUGGCUUACUGUUUAUAAUGACGCGGAAACUGUUUCCUUUAUAAAUAAAGGUCGUUUGCCCAGCAA